AUGGAGCCAAAUGCUUACGAGUUCGGCAGCAAGCUCCGCCCACCUCACGCGUCACUGCCGAGUUCGGUAGAGAGGUACCACAACCCACCAAGACUAGAGUGCUACCACAACCCACCAGGACUAGAGUGCUACCACAACCCACCAGGACUAGAGUGCUACCACAACCCACCAGGACUAGAGUGCUACCACAACCCACCAGGACUAGAGAACUACCACAACCCACCAGGACUAGAGAACUACCACAACCCACCAGUACUAGAGUGCUACCACAACCCACCAGGACUAGAGUGCUACCACAACCCACCAGGACUAGAGUGCUACCACAACCCACCAGGACUAGAGUACUACCACAACCCACCAGUACUAGAGAGCUACCACAACCCACCAGGACUAGAGAACUACCACAACCCACCAGGACUAGAGAACUACCACAACCCACCAGGAUUAGAGUGCUACCACAACCCACCAGGACUAGAGAGCUACCACAACCCACCAGGACUAGAGUGCUACCACAACUCACCAGUACUAGAGAACUACCACAACUCACCAGUACUAGAGAGCUACCACAACCCACCAGGACUAGAGAACUACCACAACCCACCAGGACUAGAGUGGUACCACAACCCACCAGGACGAGAGAGGUACAACAACCCACCAGGACUAGAGAACUACCACAACCCACCAGGAAUAGAGUGCUACCACAACCCACCAGGACUAGAGUGCUCCCACAACCCACCAGGACUAGAGUGCUCCCACAGCCCACCAGGACUAGAGUGCUACCACGACCCACCAGGACUAGAGUGCUACCACAACCCGCCAGGACUAGAGAACUACCACAACCCACCAGGAAUAGAGUGCUACCACAACCCACCAGGACUAGAGAACUCCCACAACCCACCAGGAUUAGAGUGCUACCACAACCCACCAGGACUAGAGUGCUCCCACAACCCACCAGGACUAGAGUGCUACCACAACUCUCCAGUACUAGAGAACUACCACAACUCACCAGUACUAGAGAGCUAUCACAACCCACCAGGACUAGAGUGCUACCACAACUCUCCAGUACUAGAGAACUACCACAACUCACCAGUACUAGAGAGCUAUCACAACCCACCAGGACUAGAGUGCUACCACAACUCUCCAGUACUAGAGAACUACCACAACUCACCAGUACUAGAGAGCUAUCACAACCCACCAGGACUAGAGUGCUACCACACCCCACCAGGACUAGGGUGCUCCCACGACCCACCAGGACUAGAGUGCUACCACAACCCGCCAGGACUAGAGAACUACCACAACCCACCAGGGCUAGAGAACUACCACAACCCACCAGGACUAGAGUGCUACCACGACCCACCAGGACUAGAGAGCUACCACAACCCUCCAGGACUAGAGAACUACCACAACCCACCAGGAAUAGAGUGCUACCACAACCCACCAGGACUAGAGAGCUUCCACAACCCACCAGGACUAGAGUGCUACCACGACCCACCAGGACUAGAGAGCUACCACAACCCUCCAGGACUAGAGAACUACCACAACCCACCAGGGCUAGAGAACUACCACAACCCACCAGGACUAGAGUGGUACCACAACCCACCAGGACGAGAGAGGUACAACAACCCACCAGGACUAGAGAACUACCACAACCCCCCAGGAUUAGAGUGCUACCACAACCCACCAGGACUAGAGAACUCCCACAACCCACCAGGAUUAGAGUGCUACCACAACCCCCCAGGACUAGAGAACUACCACAACCCACCAGGAAUAGAGUGCUACCACAACCCACCAGGACUAGAGAACUCCCACAACCCACCAGGAUUAGAGUGCUACCACAACCCUCCAGGACUAGAGAGCUACCACAACCCACCAGGACUAGAGAGCUACCAGUGUAUAUGUCGUUAA